AUGGCGUUUAAUACUAUUCAUUCAGAGAAUGAAAGACAUGUUAUGCUUUCGGGUCCAAUUAAUAAAAUUAUUCCCGGAGAACAUGUAAUGGAAGGACAUAGUGACUAUUAUCAAAGAUUUAUUAUUAAAGAAAUUACAAAUGUAAUCAUGUAUAAUUUUCCAACAAGAAAUGGAGUUUGUGGUUGGAUUAGACUAGAAGGUGAAAAUGGUCGUCAUAAAAUCAGACGUGAUAAAUAUAAAGAAUUUUAUUGCUAUUCUGAACGUAUUAAUUUAUAUCCUUAUAGUAAAAAGUUUAUUUAUGAUAAGUAUUAUAGAAUCUGCGAUCUUUGUGUAAAAUUUAUAAGAGUUAAAGAGUAUGAGGUUAGAAACAUUAAAUGUAAAUAUGACGAUUUCUGUUCCUUUUACGAUACUUUUAAAUCUAUGGCUCGUACUACAAAUACUAUUCAUUCAACAGAUAAAUCAUGUCCAUGUUCUACUUGUAAUAUUAAUAGAGGAUCUCAUUAUCAUAAUUUAUGUUUGGAAUGUGGAAAAAUUAAAGAUGGGAAGAGGGUUGAUGAAGAUGAAACAUUAUAUUGA